AUGCGGCCGCAGCUAUUCCGCGCGGCCGCCCGGUCCGUCCGGGUUUCAAAGGUCAACACUGCGAGGACCUUCGCGACGACGAUUCCUCGCUCUGCUGAGGUGGAACUCACAAUUGAUGGCAAAAAGGUUUCGGUAGAAGCUGGGUCGGCUCUUAUCCAAGCAUGCGAGAAGGCUGGAGCGACAAUCCCCAGAUACUGUUACCAUGAGAAGUUGAUGAUUGCAGGAAACUGCCGCAUGUGUCUUGUCGAAGUUGAAAGAGCCCCGAAACCUGUGGCAUCAUGUGCCUGGCCUGUUCAGCCUGGAAUGAAUGUCAAAACAGAUUCCCCCUUGGUGCACAAAGCCAGAGAAGGUGUUAUGGAAUUCCUACUAGCAAACCAUCCUCUUGAUUGUCCGAUUUGUGACCAGGGAGGAGAGUGUGAUCUUCAAGAUCAGUCAAUGCGCUACGGCGCUGACCGUGGGCGUUUCCAUGAACUUGGAGGCAAGCGUGCCAUCGAAGACAAGAACAUCGGCCCCCUUGUCAAGACUUCCAUGAACAGAUGCAUCCAGUGCACUCGUUGUGUUCGAUUUAUGAAUGAUGUUGCAGGCGCACCUGAACUUGGAACAACAGGCCGAGGAAAUGAUAUGCAAAUUGGAACGUACUUGGAACAAAAUUUGGAUACUGAACUUUCCGGCAACAUUAUCGAUCUUUGUCCCGUCGGUGCUUUGACCUCAAAGCCCUAUGCCUUCCGUGCCCGUCCCUGGGAGCUGAAGCACACCGAAUCCAUCGAUGUGCAUGACGCCUUGGGUUCAAACGUCCGAAUAGAUACCCGUGGGAUGGAAGUGAUGCGCGUCCUGCCCAGACUUAAUGACGAUAUCAACGAGGAAUGGAUCAAUGACAAAUCUCGCUUUGCUUGUGAUGGACUCAAGACUCAGCGAAUUACCACUCCCCUAAUUCGACAAGAAGGCAAAUUUGUUCCUACGACAUGGGAACAGGCCCUAACUGAAAUUGCAUCUGCGCACCAGAGGCUCCAGUUAAAAGAGAACGAAUUCAAGGCUAUCUCUGGCCAUCUCGUGGACGCGGAAACCAUGGUUGCCAUGAAAGACCUGGCCAACAAGCUUGGCUCUGACAACCUUGCCUUGGAUCAGCCCGGUGGUAGCUCGCCCGUUGCCCACGGCGUUGACAUUCGUUCAAAUUACCUCUUCAACAGUAAGAUCUACGGCAUUGAGGAGGCAGACGCCAUUCUCUUAGUCGCAACGAAUCCUCGUCACGAAGCUGCUGUUCUCAACGCUCGCAUUCGCAAGCAGUAUCUUCGCUCUGAUCUUGAGAUAGGUCUCGUUGGAGAAACUUUCGAAAGCACAUUCGAAUUUGAGCACCUUGGUUCGGACGUUGCUACUCUGAAAGCUGCGCUUUCGGGGAGCUUUGGCAAGAAGCUGGCUUCCGCUAAGCGACCCAUGAUCAUCGUCGGCAGUGCUGCAGCUGAACAUGAAAAUGCAAAGGCAAUUUUCGAGGCAGUCGGCAGCUUUGUGGAGAAGCACGCCAGCAAUUUUUACACGCCCGAAUGGCAGGGCUAUAAUGUUCUCCAGCGCGCGGCAUCGCGUGCUGCAGCAUACGAGAUCGGAUUCACCAUACCUUCUCCUGAAGUUACGCAGACGAAGCCCAAGAUGAUUUGGCUACUUGGCGCUGAUGAGGUCAAUCAGUCAGAAAUCCCUAGUGACGCUUUCGUCGUCUAUCAAGGGCAUCACGGUGACCGCGGGGCACAAAUUGCGGACGUUGUUUUACCAGGAGCCGCCUAUACGGAGAAAUCCGGCACUUACAUUAACACCGAGGGUCGUGUUCAAGUUACCCGUGCGGCGACUUCGAUGCCCGGUGCUUCCCGGGAUGACUGGAAGAUCAUUCGUGCCGCGAGCGAAUUCCUCAACGCCCCUCUUGCGUACGAUGAUAUUGAGGCUCUUCGCGAUCGCAUGGAAGAAAUCAGUCCUGUCAUGCGCCGUUACGAUGUCGUUGAGCCCACCUCUUUGGCGCAGCUGAGCAAGGUUCAAUUAGUCGAUCAGAACAAGGGUUCCCAGGUAACCAGCGCACCCUUCAGGAAGGUGAUUGAAGAUUUCUAUUUCACAGAUUCCAUUUCCAGAAGUUCACCAACCAUGGCUCGCGCCUCAGCAGCCAAGGCGUCUGGAAACCCUGACGUGAACUACAUGUCUACAGGUGGUGAAGUGUCUCCGCAGCACAUGUUUGGUUGA